CGGCGUCAGGAUGUUUGGUUGCGGCGCUGCCGGGGAAGGAGACGCUGCCCUUCCGCAGCCAUGGGCUCCCGGUGCUGUGGAGGAACUUUCUGGUAUGUAUGGCUCUGCCCUGCCGGGGUGCAGACCGUGCCUGGAACUCGGCCAGCAACCAGCUGAAGACGUUCUUUGUGGACACUCUCGGCCCUGAGGGCCCUUGCCUGGGGUGUGGGUACUGCCAUGGCGUUCCAGCGGACCGAGGGCAUGUCCAUGAUCCAAGCCCUGGCCAUGACAGUGGCUGAGAUUCCCGUGUUCCUGUACACAACGUUUGGGCAGUCUGCCUUCUCCCAGCUGCGCCUGACGCCGGGCCUGCGGAAGGUCCUCUUUGCCACAGCUCUGGGGACCGUGGCCUUGGCCCUGGCUGCCCACCAGCUGAAGAGGCGCCGGCGGAAGAAGAAACAGGUGGGCCCCGAGGUGGGGGGCGAGCAGCUGGGCACGGUGCCCCUGCCCGUCCUCAUGGCCCGCAAGCUCCCGUCCGUCAAGAAAGGCUACUCCAGCCGCAGGGUCCAGAGUCCCAGCAGCAAAAGCAACGACACGCUGAGCGGCAUUUCCUCCAUCGAGCCCAGCAAGCGCUCGGGCUCCUCCCACAGCCUGGCCUCGAUGGUGGUGGUGAACUCCUCCAGCCCCACAGCUGCGUGCUCGGGACCGUGGGAGGCCCGGGCGAUGGAAGAGUCAGUGCCCGCCACGGACGGCAGUGCCGAGAGCCUCUAUGUGCAAGGCAUGGAGCUGUUUGAGGAGGCCCUGCAGAAGUGGGAGCAGGCGCUGACUGUGGGCCAGAGGGGGGAUGGCAGCAGUACCCCCACACCGGGGGACAACCUCCGGAACCUGGAGAUCGAGUCGGAGGCACUGUCUGAGCCGGAAUCUCAGCGCAGGGAGUUUGCAGAGAAGCUGGAGUCCCUGCUGCACCGGGCCUACCACCUGCAGGAAGAGUUCGGGUCUACCUUCCCCUCGGACAGCAUGCUGCUGGACCUCGAGAGGACCCUCAUGCUGCCCCUGACCGAGGGCUCGCUGCGCCUGCGUGCCGACGACGAGGACAGUCUGACCUCCGAGGACUCCUUCUUCUCCGCCACCGAGCUCUUUGAGUCCCUGCAGGUUAGGGAUUUUCCCAUCCCCCUGUCCAGGCCGGCCGCCGCCUAUGAGGAGGCCCUGCAGCUGGUGAAGGAGGGCCAGGUGACCUGCCGGACGCUCAGGACAGAGCUGCUGGGCUGCUUCAGUGACCAGGACUUCCUGGCCAAGCUGCACUGCGUACGGCAGGCCUUCGAGGGGCUUCUGGAGGACAAGAGCAACCAGCUGUUCUUCGGGGAGGUGGGCCGGCAGAUGGUGGCCGGCCUGAUGACCAGAGCUGAGAAGAGUCCUAAAGGCUUUCUGGAGAGCUAUGAGGAGAUGCUGAGCUAUGCACUGCGGCCCGAGACCUGGGCCACCACCCGGCUAGAGCUGGAGGGCCGUGGGGUGGUGUGUAUGAGCUUCUUCGACAUCGUGCUCGACUUCAUCCUCAUGGAUGCCUUUGAGGACCUGGAGAACCCCCCCUCUUCCGUGCUCGCUGUUCUGCGGAACCGCUGGCUGUCGGACAGCUUCAAGGAGACGGCCCUGGCCACUGCGUGCUGGUCGGUCCUGAAAGCCAAGAGGAGGCUCCUAAUGGUGCCCGACGGCUUCAUCUCCCAUUUCUACUCCGUAUCGGAGCACGUCAGCCCUGUCCUGGCCUUCGGCUUCCUUGGCCCCAAGCCCCAACUGGCCGAAGUCUGUGCUUUCUUCAAGCACCAGAUCGUGCACUACCUGAGGGACAUGUUCGACCUGGACAACGUGCGGUACACGUCAGUGCCCGCGCUGGCGGAAGACAUCCUACAGCUGUCCCGGCGCCGCAGCGACAUCCUGCUGGGCUACCUGGGGGUGCCGGCGGCCAGCAGUGUCGGCCUCAAUGGGGCACUGCCCCGGGAAAAUGGGCCCGUGGCGGAGCUGCAGUAAAGGCAGGCACGGGAGAGGAUGGCCCACGGCCUGGGCCUCGCUCAUGCGGGGCGGCCGUGAGAAGGUUGCCCCUUCCUUGGAGUUGGUGUCCAAGGGCCACAGGGGCCCAGGGCCAUAGCCAUGGGGCUCCCCACCUCAUCCGGGAACCCCAGGGCCCAGAGAGCAAACAUCCAUGGAGAGUUGCCGAGCCCCUCGGGGUACACUCGUUGUUGCCCUUGAGGUAGCGGGGAAGCUGGAGCUGCCCCGGCCUGGCCGAGAAAAAAGCAGGCACGUGGUAUGGAAAACUGAGAUGGGGAGAGCUCAGGUCCUCAGCUGUGGGACCCCCACAACUCCUAACACCUCUCCCAAGGCUGCAGGCGAGGGGGCUGGGGAGGUGAAGGCAAAGGAGAGGGGGGUGCAGACAGGUCCUGUGGGGCGGGGGUACCUGUGACCACAGGCCCCGGAUGUCAGAGGUAAGACAGAGGCAGGGACCAGCUCUUGACAGUCAGAAGCACCAAGCCAGGGCACUGUCUCCCACAUCCUCAAGCCCUUCCAAAGACCAUUGUUUCUCCCCCCACCUCUGCCACCACCAAAGAUGGGGGUGCCCCGUGCCCUCCCUGUGUCCGGAGCUCCCUGGUGGUGCUAGGCAUGGAGCUGGGGGCUCUGGCCAGGGGUCACGGAGGCCCCUGUCACUUGUGCUGCCAUUGGUGGCUCUGGGUAGGGACCAGAGCCAGGGAGGGCAGAGGAUGCGCCCAGCCCAACCACGCCCACCCUCACAGAGCAAGAACUGUGCUCAGCACUUUGCCUUCAACGCCACGCACAAACGCUCUGGAGCCGUACAGGAGCGUGAGGCUCACGCCAGUCCUGCAGACCUGUUAACCCUGUCCCAUUGCCGCAGGGGUCCUGGCAGCCCUGCAGGCCCCGUCUCUGUGUGAGACGGGGUUUUCUUUACUGCCUUAACACUGUCGGGAGGAUCGGCUCCUUCCAGAAGACUCCAGUGUUUCCUGUCUGGGGUCUAGCACUAGCUCCUGGCACAGGGCCCCCUCCCGGGAAUGGAGAGGUCUGCGGGCAGCAGGAGGACCCACUCAGGAGAGGGAGGUGCUGGGCAUGGCCGGUCCCGGAGCCUGGUCCCUAGGCUGGAGGAGCCGUGGGCAUCGGCACGGCCGAUGCCUGGAGGGAGCAGCCCCUCUCCCCACCCCCACAUUCCAUUCAUUUGCACUUUUCCCCACGCUCUGAAUGUAACCCUGGACCACAGCUCUGACUUGUCCCAGAUGGCACAGAAGGGGCAUUUUUGUUCUGUCCUGUUUACAUGUCCAUGCACUGCCUCUAGCACUCAGUCUGUUGCAGCUUCCAAGUCCGUCGUCAGCUGCGAGUCAAAUAAACCAUUGAAACGGC